AUAACUUUCAGUCACUUCAUUUUCAUCGAUCAAUAUACAAUAGUUUCAAAGUAAGUUAUAAGAAAAUGAAUUCCAAAGGGUUACUUUUUCUAGCUAUGCUCUUGGCUUCCAUUCUUCUCAUCUCCGCAGCUGAGAAAUCUGACAAAAAAGAUGGUAAAGAAAAUGGGAUAGACGAAAGCAAGUAUGGCUAUUAUGGAGGUUGGGGUUACGGCGGUCCAUGGCGUGGAGGUUGGGGUUAUGGCGGUCCAUGGCGUGGAGGCUACGGUUGGGGAGGUCCAUGGCGUGGAGGCUGGGGUGGUGGCUAUGGUGGCUGGCGCGGUGGUUGGGGUGGUGGUUGGCCAAAAGAACAUAAUGAUGCUCAUAUUGAUGCUGAACCUCAUGACUAAGCUAAAAAUCGAGCUAAUGGGCUCUUGUUACUAUACUUAUCACAAUAAAUAAAACUUCAUGUCAAGUAUAGCUUGAAAUGUAAUAAAAAGGAAGAAUCUUGUGUUAUAUUGUACUUAUUAAGGAAUAAAAUGCACGAAUUUAGACAUAUA